AUUUUUUUAAUAAAUAAUUAUUAAACUAAUGAUAUGUUAAUUAUUUUAGAAUAUAAUGAAAAUUAUUUAAUUUUCAUUUGAAGAAAAUAAUAAAAACUAUAUUUUAUUUAUUCAAUAUUUAUUUUUACAAAAAAAAAUCUUUUUAUUCAAAAAAUUUGAUAAUUUAUAUUUGGGCCACAAAAAUCAUCAACUUUAAAAGUCAUUUUAAGCCUACUGUUGGUCAACUAUAACCCAUGUUCGGAAAUUCGCUAGGCACUAUCCGUGCGCUCGGGUUGGGCCUAGCGAUUAAUGAAAAGAUCGGAGAUUAAUCGACGAUUAAUCGGGGAUUAAUUUUAUGAUUUUUUAAAAGUGUUAUGUUAUAUAUAAGUUAUACGUGACAUUACUGCAAAUGAGUUUGCAUGGUCUAGUGGUUAGUCCUCCUCAGAAAGACACAGUGGUGGUCGCGGGUUCGAGUGUAAAGUAUUUUUUUUUACUGAUUUUCGCUCAUUUGUCAUUAAUGAGCAAAAUUACCAAAUUAGCCUCGUUUCUUCUUCAACCUCUGCGAUUGAAAACCCUAAUGGCCGCCUCUCUGUUUUUUUUUCACGAUUUCCCACUCUUUUACUCAAACUUUAUUAAAUUGAAUCGAGCACAAACCAAACCGAAACAAAACCGAACACAAAUCAAACCAAACUAAUUUGAAUUGACUUUGGUUAAAGUUCUCUUAAACCUUAAUAAAGCAAACCAAACUUAAAUCCGUAGUUAAACCGACAUAUUUACCCCUAAUAAAACUGAAUUAUUGCUGACUUGACAUCAUUUGUCAAUAUAUAUAUAUAUAUAUUUUAAAUAUUUAUCAUAAAAUUCACCAUGCGCAAGGUGCUGGUCUUAUCCUAGUCAUACUAUUAAACGAUAUAGUCUGAUCAAUAUAACUUAUACCUUAAUCCAUAUACAUUAAACCAUAUGACUAAAUCAUAGCCCUUAAACAAUAAAACAUAUAUUAACAUAUGAGUCGGCUAUAGAGUUUUCGUGCCAAGUUAACUAAAUCUUUCAAAUGAUUGUUGUGAUCGUUUUAACUCUAAACCAUAAACGGUUAAAACUAAAAACUAUAAACUUAAGCCUUGUUCGUCCCGUGAACGCCGCAGCAGCGGUUAUAAUUUAUAAAAGGAACGAUGGUUUUGUUGCCUAAGUAAACAAAUAAGAUGUCGCUACGAUUACUUGAUGCUAUAAAAAGGAACGGUGGUUAUAAUGAUCACUGUGAUCACUUUUGAUGGGCAAAACUACCGCUGCCGGCAUCGCUCUUGAAACACAUGAGCAAGAAACAGUUAUAAAUUUUGCCGUUAGCCGCUGACACAGCGACUAGGAAAAGAACAAGACUUAUAUCAACGACUCAACGUAUGAGUUGGUCAUUGGGUUUAUUGUACCUUGGUACCUAAAUGUUGCAAAUGAUAGGCUUAAUUUAACUUUAAGCAUGAAAAGUAAAAAAGCUAAACCCUAUAUGUUUGAAUAAUUCAUCAAGCUUUACAAUAUGACUCAAGUAAGAAUUUAAACACAUAAUCUUGUGAUACAGAAUUAGAAACCAAAUAAAUUUGGAAUUGGAUUACCCAUAAUUUGAAUCAAAGACGGAUUUUGUUAGGUAACCUCCCAAUUGCCAUGUCAGCAUGUCCUUGAGGACGAGUCCUAAAGUGAUUUUGACGUCACACUCGACUUAUCACUACACCUCAUCUUUGUCAUGUUGCAGUUUUGGCCAAUCAAAUUAUAAAGCCACUUGAUGUAAAAAAAAAAAAAAAAUUAUAAACCCAAAAUUUUUCUAAAAAAUAUAUUAUGAUGGCAAUUUUGUUACAACAUUUCUAAUGACCCACCUCUUAACUCUCUGAAGCCCAUAUACUCCCAACUAACCAAAUGGUAGACGACCCCAGAGAAGUUAUUCUCCAACCUAACAUUAUAGUGUCUAUCGUCACUCCUAGUACAACUUGGUUCUUCAUGGUGAUUUAUAAACCCGAAAGACUUCGUUUUUCUCUCUCUCGAUCUAUGCAUUCACUUGACCUAUCAAUUUCCUUCCUUUGUUUCCUGAAAAACCUCUAAAGCUCUUUUUCACAAGACUCCUAACAAACUAACAAGAUUUCAAAAAUUCUAUACCGGAGCUGAGCCAUGAUCCUUAGUGAACAAGAUAUUGAAAAAGGUAAAAAAACAAGCAACCAAAAAGAUGUUGAAAAAGCUAAUAGUUCAACGAAGCAAAAAGUUAUCGAACAAGAAAUCAUCGAUGAAGCAGAGAGUUCAAGCAAACCAGAAAUCAGUUACCAAGAUGAUGAUGAGAAGUUUCCAGAAAUAUUAGCAAAGAUGAAUAUGCUCAUUCAUAUUGGUGCAGAGUCUUCAAAAUUUCAAAGAAAAGGCGAAGAAGGUUCGUGUAGCAUAUUCAAGAUUCCCCAAAGCCUGAAGAAGAUCCAUCACAAGGGCUAUGAACCUGAGAUAGUGUCAAUAGGUCCUUACCAUCACGGGAAAGAGCAUCUCCAAAUGCUCGAGGAGCAUAAACAUCGUUAUUUGAAACUUUUCCUUGGUGAGGCAAAAGAUGGUGUCACUACGAACACUUUGGGCAGAAAAAUAUUGCAAAUUGAGACAGCUAUCAGGAACUCUUACUCUGAGAAGCUACUUGUUAAUAAACCGGAGUUCCUCAAAAUGAUGCUUCUCGAUGGUUGUUUCAUUCUCAUGUUGUUCUUUUCAAUAGCAAGAGUGGAUAAAGCAUCUGCCAAGCCACGAAAUGAUCCGAUUCUGACAACGCCAUGGAUCCUCUCCACCAUCCGGAGUGAUAUUCUGCUUUUGGAAAAUCAGGUCCCUCUAAUUCUUCUCGACACUCUUUUCAAAGAAUCAGAUUUAUCUUGUCUUGGUUCUCUAAAUCUUGAGAGACUUGCAUUUAAGUUCUUUAACCUUUCAAUGGCUGAGGAAGAAGAAUCACAGAACCUUGAAGCAAAACAUUUGCUUGAUCUGAUUCGUAAGAAUUUCAUAAAUGGUACCUCUCAGAGUCCUAAGAAAACACCGUCAAAUUCUCGUUAUGAUGAUUCGAGACUGAUUCUUUCAGCCAAGAGACUUCGCCUCCAGGGGAUAAAAUUCAAGGCUUCUCAUUAUCAUUCAUCUGACCCAAGCAGAAGCUCGCAGGAAAAAACAAUACUGGAGAUAAAACUAAACGGAAAUGAGCUUCACAUACCACCAAUAGUGUUCGAUGAAUUCUUCAGCUCCUUCUUGCUAAACUGUGUUGCUUUUGAGCAGUUAUCUACAAAGUGUUCUAACAAUAUAACCAGCUAUGUAGUUUUCAUGGGAUGUCUGAUGAAUGAAGAGGCAGAUGCUACCUAUCUUAGUGAGAAAGGAAUAAUAGAUAACUAUUUUGGGAAUGGGAGUGAUCUCUCUCAAUUCUUCAAAGUCAUUUGCAAAGAUGUUGCCUUCGACAUGAGUAAGAGUUACUUGAAAGAAGAGUUCGAAGGGAUCAACAAUUACACUUCAAACAGAUGGAAUGUGGAGUUUGCAAGGUUCAAGCACCUUCACUUUGAUUCUCCUUGGACUCUUCUAUCAUCUUUAGCUGUUUUGGCAGCUAUUUUGCUUUCAAUACUCCAGACUAUUUUCGGGGGCCUGAGUUAUCUUCAUCAUUGUAAGUAACCAUUUGAUAAAUGCAUUUGAUUUUCAGUUGAGUUGUAAACAUAACUGCGAUCUAUCGGAGUAAAGCGUCAUCGUCAUGACUGUCUGUCAUCUAUGUUUACAUGUUUGUCUAUACUGUGUCUGUCGUUGCUUGCAUCAUUCAUAGUGAGAGUCUUUAUAAACGUUGAACUGUACUUAAAA